AUGCCUCCCACUAACGGCGGCAUCGACAAGCUCGACUACCAUCCCGGCGGCAGACCGCUGCUGCAGGUAGACGACAGCGCGUCGGAGACUGGGCGGCCGAGCCACGAUACAAGCUAUGCCGGCUCCUUCUUCGAGAACGUCGCAGAGGGUAUCGUCGAGCGGGACAGAAGGAAGAUGCGCAGGCAGAUCAUCAGAUACACGAGCUUCGCCUGGGCCAUAGUGAACUGCCUAUGCGGAGGCUCCAUCACCGCAUACUCCCUCUACGGCCACCUUUUUCAGUCCCGCCUGCGCUACACCCAGUUCCAGGUGAACAUCGCGUCCAUCACGGCCGAGUUGGCGCUAUACCUCCCGGUACCGGUUUUCGGAUAUCUCUGCGAUCGCUACGGGCCCGGCAUACCGUGUUUUAUGUCUGGGUGUUUGUUCGGGUUUGGGUACCUGCUGGCAGCCUUCACUUACCGUAGCGGCCCGGAACCAUCAGCAGGAGGCGACGGCUGGCCUUUCGGAGUAAUGGUGCUGGCAUUCGUUGGUAUUGGGAUGGGCACAAGCAGCAUCUACUUGUCUGCUGUCACGACAUGCGCGAAGAACUUUGGUCGUGGGAAGCACAAGGGUGUUGCGCUGGCCCUACCCAUCGCCUCCUUUGGAUUGAGUGGGAUGUGGCAGAGUCAGGUUGGGAGUAGGCUCCUGUACGAGCGGCGGCCUGACGGCUCAAAAGGCGAUGUCGAUGUUUUUCGGUUCUUCUUGUUCCUUGGGUGUCUCCUACUUAGCGUUGGAGUUAUCGGAGGAUUCGUUUUGAAGAUCGUGGAUGAGGAAGAGAUGAUCGAUGAAGCUGUGGAAGAGCUAGAGCAGAGUGGGCUCCUCCAAGAGAGCGAGUUCUUCCAUCGCGCAGCGAACAUGCAUGGCUACGGCACGAUGCCCCGGCAAGAUCUCUCAGACUCGACGUACGACUUCCUGAACGCCGAAGCCGAAGACCUGAAAGCGCGCGCGCAGGAGGAGCAACGCAAGAAGAACUGGCUCCUCAAUGAGGAGACCCGACGCUUCCUCAGCGACAAGACCAUGUGGUGGCUAGCCGCCGGUUUCUUCCUCGUCACCGGCCCCGGCGAAGCCUUCAUCAACAACCUAGGCACCAUAAUAGGGACUCUCUACCCGCCCACCUCCUCGACCUCCGAGAUCCCCACCUCAGCCGCGACCCACGUCUCCAUCGUCGCCAUCACCUCAACCCUCGCCCGCCUCCUCACCGGCACAAUCUCCGACCUCGUCGCCCCCUCCUUCGCCGCGCACCAGCACCGCCGUGGCCCCAACUCCCUCGCCAACUCCAUCGACUCCCUGACCCCACAAACCACCCAAUCAACCGGCUUCUCCAUCUCCCGCCUCACCUUCCUCCUAGCAUUCUCCCUCCUCCUCAGCAUCGGCCAGAUCGUCCUCGCAUCCGGCCUCGUGCAGAACCACGGCGACCGCUUUUGGCUUGUCUCCGCGUGCGUGGGCGCGGGGUAUGGUGCUGCGUUUUCGCUCGUGCCGAUCAUCUUGUCGGUUGUGUGGGGAGUUGAGAAUUUCGGGACUAAUUGGGGCAUUGUUGCCAUGGUGCCGGCGGCGGGGGCGGCGCUGUGGGGGAUUGUGUAUUCGGCUGUCUAUGAGAGCGGCGCGGGGGAGGGCGGGCCAGAGGGCCAAGAUGUACUGUGUCAUGGGGUGCAGUGCUAUCAGAGCACUUUCUGGGCGAUGGCUAUCAGUGUUUGGGUCGCUUGUGGGCUUUGGCUGUGGGCUUGGAAGGGGCCAGGAGGUUGGGCGAGGAGAGGGAUUGCCGUAUAA